AUGUCUCCCUCGAACCAAAAGGAUGACAAAAGUGCCACUAAACUGCAGUCACACAGUCCAGCAGAAAUAUCCUCUUCAGAGACUGUAUUGGAGGGUGUAGGCGCCGGUUCCUUUUUCUGUCCCAAGAUCCAGAGGUCAGGCUGUUCCCUUCUCCACAAAGACCCCCGUGGCAUCCGCACGCCCUUCGAUCCCAACCGCAGGUGCAGCUUCCGCUUCGUCACGGAGGCGCGCUACCAGAAGCACCUAAAGGAUUGGCACGGCGUCUUGCUCGAGACCAUGGCGGAGUACUUUGCCGAGGAGUACUGUGGUGGUGUCAUCCCCAGGAGGGUGCCUCAGGAAAUGCCUGGGGCAGAGCAUGGGGUGGUGGACCGGAAGGGGAUUGCUGAAGAGAGAGACAAGACUGAAGACUUUGAGUUGAGGCUGAUGAAUUAA